AUGUCUGGCAAACCAGUGCUCGGUUAUUGGGAUCUGAGAGGUCUGGCCGAACCCAUACGGUAUUUGUUGCACUACUCGGCCGUAGACUUCGCGGACAAACGGUAUGUGUUUACAGACGUCGACGCCUGGAAGUCAGUGGAUAAGCCAUCGCUGGGUCUGGACUUCCCUAACCUUCCCUACUAUAUCGACGGCGAC